UACAACAUGCAAACCCAGCCAGAAUUAGUUAGACUUGGUCACGCCCAUCUCCAACAGAGAGAACCUGUAGUCUCAUUCCCAUACCGUCCCGAGAAUGAGAAUAAUGGAAUGAGUCUAUGCUUGCAAAUGGCUGCCGAAGGAAAGGUGUUGCAUAGCGGUGGAUGUCACUGCGGGGCAGUUAGGUUUCAGGUCUUUGCUCCUGCACAACUGGACGUUAUCCAUUGCAAUUGUAGUAUAUGCAUCAAGAAACAAAACCACCACUUCAUUGUACCACAAGCUGACUUCACACUGUUAAAGGGAGAGGAAUUCCUUACAUGCUACACAUUUAAUACUCAUCGAGCCAAACACACGUUCUGUAGAAUCUGUGGAGUCCAGAGUUUCUACACUCCUAGAUCAAACCCUGAUGGACGUGGCAUAGCACCACAUUGCUUGGACGAGGGAACAGCUCAGACAGUCAGUGUAACCUCGUUUGAUGGCAGCAACUGGGAAAAGGCUUUUGACAAAGACCCCUCAAUACGUGACAGAUCUAAAACUUAAAAAUUUUUUUCUGAGUACCUGCAUAAAUUUAAUUGUUUUACACACACAAUUCAAAAAAAAAGACAGCGCCAAUUUUGACCCACA